AUGCUAUCUGACCAGAACGAGGCACCUGGUGGUGAAUCUGACCUAGAGCCACUUGCCGGGAAAGCUGAGGAGAAAAAGCCGAAGUUUAUAGAACAUAGAGAACCUACAAAGUCUAAAGGAGUUCUCAAGAAACACAUCUUUAAGAAGAAAAAGAAGAAAGUCGAUCCAGAUGAGGAGCUGAAGAAUAUUGCCACAACUUUAGGCCAGAUCACCUCAGAGAAGCCGGAUGAAGAAUCUGAAGAAUGGAAAGCCUUCCAGGAAAUGCAGAACAGAAUCUCUGGCUCUGUUCAGCUAGCUAAAGAAAAGGUUGAGGUUCUCAAAUCAACUGAGAGUGAAAUAAAAGAAGCUGUCGAAAAAACUCAAGAUUACGUUGUGCCAUCCUGGGAAGACUUUGAUAGAGAGAAACGUGAGAACAAAGGGGAAGUGGAGGAUAUUAAAAUACCAGAACUGCCCCCUAUUGCCCCUCUCCCCAUGAUUAAAACAAUCCCAGAGCAGCCUAGAGGUCAACAGAUGAAGGUGGAACCAACCAAGAAAAUGCCACCUAAAAAACCUGAUCCUCCGAAAGCUAUGCCACCAAAGAAACCUGCACCACCUAAAGUAAUUCCAAAAGUAGUCCCGGCUGAUAUCCAGGGGGAUGAAGAGUUGAACCUGGAGCUACGCAUUGUUGAAAGUGGUGAUGAAGAAGAAAAGGUCAAAGAGGAAGAUCCUUUUGAUGAUGAGUUCCUAAACUUAUCUCAACGGUCUGUUCCAGAUGAGGGCAAUAAAGAUGCAUUCAGUCUCAGUGGCAGUGGGGGAGGUACUGAUCUCCCAGGUGUCCAUGCCCCUGUGAAAACAAUGACCAGUCUUGAGAAGGAACUCCUAGGAUUAUCAGUUGAGGAACCAGUGGCAGAUAAUUCUGGGACUGCAAAGUCAACAGUUGAUUCAAUUGUUGAUGACUUCCUUGGUAUUUCAAGUACCACACAACCCCUACAACCCUCAAAACCAAUCAUAGGGGAUGAUCUGUUUGGCCUCUCUCAUAAAGAAAAGGUGGAAGCUGAUCUUCAAGAAACAGCUCUUACCCCUGCUCUUCUCCCCCAACCAGCUGUCAUCAACCCUAUUCUGGCAUCCCCUAUUCAUGUAGCAGACCCAGGGGAUAUAUUCAGUAGCGCCAGUGAUGCCACCCAGAAAGCAGCAGAACCAGGAGAUCUAUUUGGGGAACCUUUAGAACCAACAAAAGUGGAAUCCACGGUAGACCCCUUCACAGUUAAUCUGGAUAAGAUACAGAAGGAACAAGAGCAGAAGGUUGAGGAUGAUUUUGACCCUAGAGCUCUGGAUGAUGAUGACGAGUUGGACUUUGACCCAAGAAGUGAGAAGGAUCUUCCCAAAGACCUGGCAGUGUCUACCAAACCCACCGAGGCUGUAUGGGGAGACUCAGCAUCCGAAGAACCUGGAGAGUUCAAGGCACAUUUAUUAGAAUCUGAGAAAGCGAUGGAACAGGCACAGCAAGCUGCUGAAGAGGCAGGGGCGUUGCUAGAGCAACCAAAGAGGAAUCCCUUCCUUUCGGAAGACAGCGGAUUCUCAUCUAGUAAUCCUUUCUCUGCUAAUACAGACAUGGAGAGUAUGUUCCCUGACUCUGGCUUCAAUGCAAGUGUGUCCAAGGCUAAAGAGCCAACCACUGGUGAGGUGGAUCCCUUUCUCUGUCUCAUGGGGAAUAACGACACUUCAAAACCUGCAGCAGAUUUUGAAACAAUUGCAGAGGGAGAUGAUGCAUUUGAUCCAUUCCAAACUAUCACAGAUGAUGGUGAGCCACAUAUGCCAGGAUUCAGCUCAUUCAAUGCUGAUUCAUUUGACCUUGGUAUGAAUGAUACAAGCAAAGACACCGAUAAGAACAAAUCUGACAAUGUUACUGCUCCAGUCAGUGAUAAUGUUGCACCUGUUGACAAUCUCAUAGACAUUCCUGGCUUAGCCCCUGUUGUAAAGGACACUCCAAAAUCAGCUGAACCAUCUCCAACAACCAUUCCCAAAGUUGAUAAUAAACCACAUUCUAAAAAAGAAGAAGCUAAACAAGAAGAACCUAAAAAGGAAGUUCAAAGUGUAGAAAAACAGGAUAAUAAAUAUGAAGUCAAAAAAGAACAUAUAAUACCACGUCGUAGAACUGUAGCACCUCCUAGUCCUAAAAUAAUCAAACCUGAAAUUAUACCAGUUCCUAGGAAAAGGGCAAAGGACAUUGAUAUCACUGCUCCAAAGGAAGUAACCAUCAAACCACUUGACACCACCACAGCUGAGGCUCUCCCAAUUGCCCCUGCUCUUCCACCUCCUCCUACUCCUAUUAUUGAAGAGUACAGUACCAGUGAUGACUCAUCACCUGAAAAAUCCCCCAAAAAGUCAUGUUCAUUUGAUGGCACGCCCAACCUGGAGUAUGAAGCAAUUGCGAAAGAGAUUGAAGAAAUUGAUAAAGCAAAACCCGUAAAAGAACGACGCAACUCUGAAACAUAUGAAGAUGAUUAUGACGAGCUGGAAAAACUUGAACCACUUCCUCCAUACCAUCCUAAGUUUGAAGGUGAAGGCUGGUCACUAUUGAUGAGAAUUGGGAAGAAGAAGAUGACAAAAGAGAGGGCAUGGAGGCCAUGUUUUGUGAGGCUCAUAGAAAACCAAGGUCGCUUCACACUAAGAGUUUUCAACACUGAAGAAGAGAAACAUCCACUACAUGAAGUUCAGUUAGCUCCAAAUUUUAACAUGUCAGAUGUGAAGCUACAAUACUAUGACGACUAUGGUAAAAUCCAUAUAUUCAAACUCUAUUCUGUAACAUAUAAAGAAAGAGUGGGAUUCAAGGCUGAGCGACUAGCCCCUUCUCAAAUUAAAGCCAAUUUUCAGACAUUUAAAAAGGCUGUGAUGAGACACCCAAAAACAACAGAUUUGAUUGAUCACUCAAAGGUUAAAACUGAACUGUUUAAAUUUGGCUGCAAAGAUAGACCAAUGAUAUGUAGCUUAGUGCAAGAGAUUGAAGAUGCCCUAAUGAAGGUUGUUGCGACACGUGGCAGCCCUCAGACUUAUAUAAAGGAUGAGUGCAAUGCUGAAAUCUGGGAUGAGUAUGAGGGAACUGUGGAUAAAUCAGGUCACAUUGAAAAUCAGAAAGGCCGUGUAAGAAUCUUCUAUAAGGCUUUCAUAAAUGAUCAUCCCAAGGUGGAGCUUGGAAUUAAUGAUAAACGACGUCGAGGAAAAGAAGUAGUCCGGCGUAAGGAUAUUGUUCCUGUUAAGACAGAUGAGUGGAUACGUAUUGAAACCCCCGAGUUUCAUAAUUGCGUUGACAUGAAAGAAUGGAAUGAGAAUCAAAUGAUUAUAUUCACUCCCCUUGAUGCCAUAGAAUCAGAACUCAUGAGAUUCCGUGUUAGACCAAAACAAAACUUCCAACUUCCACUUCAAGUGCGUGUACAAAUGGUCGUCAAAGAACGUCAUGUUGAGAUCCGCUCUGAUGUCAUAGUCCCUGGGUAUUUUAACAUGAAGCGUAAACACAGCCAGGUUCCCUGUGAGGACAUUAUGAUACGUUUCCCACUUCCAGAAGCUUGGAUCUACCUAUUCCGCACAGAGAAACAUUUCCGAUACGGCACAGUGAAAUCAAUCCGAAAGAAACCUGGGAAAAUAAAGGGACUAGAUCGUCUGGCUCAAAUGGCCCAGGGGCUGUUCAACUAUGGGAGUAUUAUGGAAGUGUCUACAGGGCAGGCCAAGUAUGAACACAUCUAUAGGUCUAUUGUCUGGAGGAUCAGUCGUCUUCCUGAGCUAAAUCAAGGAGCCUACAAGGAGCAUAUAUUUAUACUACGCCUAGACCUAGGUCCUCAUGAUAUAAUGCCUGAGACUUAUGAGCAAUACGCAGAGGUGGAGUUCACCAUGCCAAACACUACAGUAUCUAAAUGUGCUGUGCGCUCCAUAGCAGUAGAAGGCCCAGAUGAUCCCCCAGAGAAGUGGGUCAACUAUUUAUCUAAAUAUGAAUACAAGGUAGAGAUUGAGUUUAAGACUGGGGACACUCCAGAAGAUGUCCCUGCAUAUGCAAUAACACCUACAUCUCCCACUGAGAAAAAGGAGGUACCUGAAUACCCAGAAUACAACCCUGAUGAGCCUGAUGAUUCUAGUAGCUCUGAUGAAGAUUAAAGGAAGGACUAUGAUACCCAGAAUGCAAUUGCAAUGGUAUAUGUACAUGUAGUCAUAGAUGAAAGGGAGAUAAUAGGGUAUCCAGAACUCUGAUGAAGAAAGUACAUAUAGUCCUGGUUGAAUUUCAACUCAGCAGCUUUAAUAGAAAUCAAAUGAAGAACUAUGAUAUCUAGAAUGCAAUUGCAAUGAUGUAUGUACAGUAGUUCUCAUGGAUGUAAAAGGAAUAGGAAACCCAGAAUUCUGAACUCUGAAGAAGAAAGUACAUAUAGUCCUGGUGGAAUUUGCAUACUACAAUACAAACAUGACUAAUGAGACAAUACUGGGUCUAGUGGAAGUAAAAGGAGGCACCAUAACAGCCAGAUUGCAAUCCUAUGGUUCUCAAAGUUCUGGUCAUGAUUGAAAGGUGGCACUUCAGUAGUAUUAAAACAAUAAUGGCAUAGUUCAAUAGAUGUCAGUGUUAUGUAAUGUAGAGCAUGGAUGAAUGAUUCCAGUGUAAUACCUUGUGAGAUAUUAUAUAAAAGGUGCUCUUCAUCUGUAAAAUUGUAGAAAUGUAAAUAUCUAGUGAGCCAACAGUGCAAUAUGUAUAUCUAUAUCUAGUCAAAUAACUGAAUAUUCUGAUGUAUUCUGGAAAUAUCCUUUCAAAUGGUGACCCAAAACCAUAGAAAUGAUGUCUCAUAUUACCAAAUGAAAUGUUAUUAUCAAAUGUCUGUUUUGUGAGAAAAAUGAUAUACUCCGUUGUAUUUAAAAAUCUGAAAUGUGGUCGUGAGAAUGAUUUCAUUACGAAAUACAUGUACAUACAUGUACUAAAUAGUUGGGUAGAAGUAUGUUGAGAUACAUCUUAAAAAUUAUUAUAAUCUCAGGAUAUGAAUGCCUUUGUGUAUGAAAAGUAUUUUGAUUUAAUGAUCUUAGAUUUAUUUGGAUGAUAUGUGCAGCUUGUUUUUGAUGAUAGGAAGACUUGUAAUAAAGUCUGUAUCUCAUUGGCACAGUAAGUGAAGGUCAUUGUGAUAAUAGAUGGCUUAUUGUGACAAUAUGUGCAGC